UGGCAGUGCUGCUAUAAAGAUGCGACUCAUAAUAGUGCUUGGAAAAUUUAUGUUCUAACGUAUUUUUUUCAAUUGAACCUCUGUAUCGGAAUGCUCAUAUAUCUAUAUUGAUGGAUAAUAGUCGACCUUGUUAUCGUAACACAACCUACUACUUUGUCAUAGUACCUAAUUCGUACUUAAUACUAUCCUACAUUAGAAACAAACGUAUUUUUACCAAUAGUAGGCAUAGAUUUAAGAGCUUCAAAUACGCACAGAUUCUUGUUUUUUACAUCAAAUGGUAGUUCCCAACGGGAAACUUUAAAACUGAUGACAAGUCAUUAGUAUCGCGAGUUGCCAAAUAUGUUGUGGGUAUCUGUAAAACCAUAUAGAGAGUAUCGAGAACAGCGCCGCAAUAUUCAAUGUACGACGCAAGCCAAGAUAAGAUAAAAGAGAUUAGAAUAAGCUAUCCUUUCCUAAGUACGACUCCUCAGAAUCUUGUUGUUAUUCCAAUCAGGGGGCGAGUUUGUACUACGUUCUCAUCGGUAAUGGACGUCUCUGCGUUAUUUUCGGGGCUGUACCGUACGAGGCCUUGCGCCCGCUAAUUUGGCCUUUCACUUGAUCUUGACAAAUUGAAUCUACUGCGGUUAGUCUACUGUUCGCCGUUCGCCGGCGAACCUAUCGGCUGCGCUAUGAGCCGGGAUACCUCCGACAUUUGCCGUGUUGGUUCUGUUCAUCGUGCGCGUCGGGCUCAUAGUAAUAUUUUGCACUCGCCGUAUUAACGAUCUUUUCUUUUCGUGGGACGCGAGAUACAUUCUCGUAGUUUUGCUAGCCGGCAACAUGCAAGACAUACAGACUAUCUUCAUGGUGGAUGUGUACUGUUUGCAGGAUGGUAUUGGACCCCAAGGCAACGAGUCUGCAUAGCGAUUACGGAAGUUUCGACCGACCAUUGGGCAGUGGAGACGGACACGAAAGAGACAUUGAAGCAGCAGUUGAUGGAAGCACCAGUGGAAUGGCACAGUCCAGUGACGUUUAUCAGCGGCAACCUUUGCUUCCCGGUGCACCAGCUAAGAACAAGGACAAGUGGAAUGGAGUUGGCUCCAGUUCAGACUAUUACGAGGACGACGAGGACGACAAAAUUGAUAGUCUCGGCCAUGUAAGACAUCCGGGGAUACCAAACGGAUCUGGAAGUGGCAUCGUGAAGCUCGAUAUCCCUCCGCCAUUACGGGAAGAACCUCGGUUCCCCAAGGAGAAGUGGAAAACUUUUUUAGCAUUCCUCUUUAUGGUUGUGAACUUCAUACUAACAACCGCAUCACUCGCUAUGGUACACGAGCGUGUGCCGGAUCGUGCAACCUAUGGUCCACUUCCGGAUGUCGUUCUGGAUAAUAUUAGUGCUCAAGAUUGGGCCCUCAACGUCUCCGAAGUUUUAAUCAUGAUCGCAUCGAACUCUGCGAUGGUUUUAAUUAUUUUCCAUAAGCACAGAUUCAUUGUGGUCAGGCGAAUCUUUCUCCUGAUGGGAUUGCUGUACAUGAUGAGGAGUGUCACGAUGUAUGUGACCGUGCUGCCCGUUGCUAGCACAACGUAUUUCUGCAGUCCCAAAGCGAACAACACGAGUCCUCUUUUGGUAACGAAGAGAGUCCUUCAAUUGAUCUCUGGAUUUGGUUUAUCCAUCAACGGGAAACAUACCUACUGUGGCGAUUAUAUCUACAGCGGUCACACAGUGGUUCUCGUUCUCAGUUACCUCAUCAUUAAAGAAUAUUCUCCAAGGAGGUGUCAACCUAUACAUUGGCUUACGGGACUCACUGCCCUUGUUGGGGUAAUCAUGGUUCUCAUAGCUCAUGGUCACUACACCGUGGAUGUUCUUAUAGCGUAUUACGUAACCACCCGUAUAUGGUACAUUUAUCAUACCUUGGCGAACAAUUCGCACCUGAAGCAAAACGGCCCGAACAACCUUUUAUCCCGGCUCUGGUGGUUUCCCAUAUUUCGAUAUUUCGAGAAAAACGUGGGUGGAAUUGUGCCACGACAGUACGACUGGCCUCUUCCCUGGCCUCGACGAUUUUUUGCCAAGCAUCCCAACAGAGACAGUUAAUACUUGCCUGAAGUUCGUCAUGAAACCUGCCUCCUAGGGGUUAUAUUUGCUGUAUAUAUUUAGGUUUAUUAUAUAAAGUUGUCCCGAGUUUUUAAAGAUUCGCGCAUAUAGCGUGCGAACUUUUGACUACUCGUAGGACGUUGAGGGUAUGUAACAACCGAGUUUCAUACAAGAAAACGAAAAAAAAAUAUACUAAACGUGCAUCAUUCACUUUAUUCUACUGUGCACUGAAUGGUAGGAAUGAUAAAUGCUUAAUACGUGUAACACUCGUCGUCCAGUCACGGCGAAAGCUUGUCGCGAUAUUGUUAUAGCAAUUUUUUUCCGUUAUAUUGAAAUUCAAUACAAUAUGUAGACAAUGCGACGGCAAGCAGUGAACUGUUUAAAAGGGUUAUUGCGCAAAUUGUGAUCUUUGUUUGUCUUAUAGAUUUUAUUUCCUCCUGGUUCAGGAGAUAGAUAAAGGGUAUCCUGCUUUUUUUUCAUUAUUUGACAUUUCACGUAAUACUAUGAAAUUAUAUUCAACGUUAACUUUGAAAUCUCAUUAGCAUCUACUUUUUCUGCUGUUUUUCAUGAAAACGAUAAAAUUCAUGAAUAUUAGAGUGCACAUCGAGCAUCUCGACGAGGCUUAUUCCGAUGAAAUGCGACUCUAAUAUAGUUCCUCCCUUUAAGUAACGGAGAAGACAUAAAAGAGAAGCCAGUUAGUUCGUGCCAAGUGAUUCCACAAGCCUGAUCUAGCUUCACCCUGCGGAUUUUCCUCGAAACGUUCAUGUUCCCUGGACGAUUCGAUUAUAAUGAACAAAACUUGGGAAGACUGAUGAAACCCACCCUGUCGUAGUGGUGAAUCGUAGUGCAUGGAAUUUCUCUGGGACCAAGGUUUUAGGUUUUUGGAACACUCGAAGAUACACGUAGUAUGGAGAUGUAGUAGUAGGGAUGAGCUUCUAAAAAAAACUCACAGUAUACAGGAUAAGUGAAUUCGUGUUGCAGUAUCCAGCAGGAUUUUCAUGGGGAUAAAUUUAAAAAAAAAUUCGUCCCAAUAAAAUUCACUCGAUAUCCGUAACAUCGCGUUGGCGCAAAUUCGUAACUCGGAAACAAGUGAUCUUUUAGAGAUUUAAUUAUAUUUUGCGUGGACUCGAAUUUUCUCGGAAUAAAAUAUAGCGGUCGCCUUCUGCCCAUGAGUUUCACGAAAAUUUGUAUUACACGUCAACGUUAAGAGCAUUCGAAGAAAGUUGAAGUUACGUGUUCAAAAUCACUUUGCUGCUCGUUAAAUCUACUGGUAUUUAUUCUUAGUUUUAUUGUUGUGAUAUCGGAUAACUGUUCCACUGGAAGACGAUGUGUUUACCAAUUAAUCUAUAAAUUAACAGAUAAAAAAGAGACGUUCGAUUCUCGCUUUUUCCGCUCUUCCCUGCAGCUUCGCUCUGUUACGAGUUCGUGGGACCUUCUUGCCCUUGAAAACAGGCGAGAUACGCUUAUCGAAUUAAGUCACACUACCUUAUAGCCCCUAUUCUUAAGUGGAUGUUUUGCAAAGCGCAAACGGACUGUACUGGUACCUCUUUUCUCUUAUAUGCUUUUCCACGCGUCACGCUUUAUCGUAAGAUAGCGGGCCUAAAACACGAGCACGUCACCGUAUGCAUGUAUGCUCAAGGUGGUUGAAUGAUAUUGAUGCUUGUGGAUGUUUUCCGGUAUUCCUGGAACGCUUUGCGAACUUUCUGUUGCGAGAAUGGGGCUCGGCCGUGUGUUACUGUGUAACUCGAUGCGCCCUGUUGCGGUCGUUGAUAUUCCUCUUAUAGACGUAUAUAUACUUGUAUUAUCGUUAAGUAUAUUGUGACAAGAUAAUGCAGCUCGUGGAAACUCUCCUAUGAACAUGUAGCGAUCGACCCGUCUGACAAACACGGGUGUAUCCAUUGAUCGGACGACCCAAUUUCUUCGGAAGAAAAUAUGAUUUCUAUCGUGGUAUACAUACGUGUACUAAGGCAAUGUUUAGAGCUGUAGCGAUCCAAAUGUUAAUAUGGAGUUACAAUUUUUCGUGUGCAGAGGGAGUGUUGCAUAUUACAUGCUGUAUAGUUUGUAAGCAAUAGGAAAUAUAUAUAUACGUAUAUACAUAUAAUAUAUACGCAUAUAUAUAUAUAUAUAUAUUAUAUACGAUUAAAUGGAGAAAAAAUGCUUCUUCCAUUGUCGGAAGGAUUACGUUAGUGUUUAUAAACAUUAUAUGAAGUCUAACAUUAUACAGCUGUGAUGCUAGUACUCGUAUGUACACAUAUGUUUGGCUAGAUCUGUGCGUAUGUACAUAAAUCUAUAUUUUUACGUGUAGAUAUUUUUUGGUAAAUUGUUAAAAUGAUCUGAUAGAAAUGGUAAAGUAUACAUACGUUGUAAAUAACAGUAGCGAAGGGCUUUGUUACAACAUGGAUUCUCUGUAAGUCGAAUCAAAAUUUUCUUACCGUGAGAAAUUUAUUGGUAGCAUUUUUUAUAUUCAUGAGAAAUAAUAGUCGCCAGCACUGUAUAUUGUUGACACCGAGUGGGUAAUUUUGCGCAACCGAAUUUCCGUUUGUUACUGUACGUGUACAUAUAUUUUUAUAGUUAUUUAUAUAAGCUACGCUAUUGUUAUUGUAUCAUUACGAUAAACGAAAACGAGGUAUAUUCGAACUUUCUUUAUACUUCUGUAUUUAUAAUAUUUAUUACGUUUGUCAUAUGUUGGAUGUAAUAAAGUUUAAGUAUACUUUACACACAA